AUGAAUCGACCACUGACUAACGAAGAAAUUGAGGACGAGCUUGAUAAUUCAUCUGAUAUGGAGGUGGAUCCUUUCCAUGACAGUGACGAUAGCCGUGACACAGAUUAUAAAGUCUCUGAUGCCUCCAUAUCUUCUGAAGUAGAUAGCACGGAUUCCUCAGAUAAUGAAGAUAUCCAGAUGCUUGAAAAUUUACAAACGGUAAACGUUACGAGUUCAAACGUUGCUUUGUGUUUCGACCGUUUUUUCACUUCAACACGUCUACUUGACACUAUAAAAUUUCCUGCUGUAGGAACGUUUAUAUCAAACCGUAAAAAUACACCUAAGUUUCAAACUAAACUAAAAGAAAGAGGUGAAUGUGAAAUAGCAGUAUGUGAUGAAGGGAUAUUAGCAGUCAAGUGGAAAGACACAAAAGAAGUGCUUCUUAUGAGCAACUGCCACAAUGCCACUAUUGAUGCCACAGUUCGAAAAAUGAAAGAUGGUACUACUAAAAAUAUUGAAUGUCCUGAAGCUAUGAUUUUCUACAACAAAUAUAUGGGUGGCGUAGAUCAUGCAGAUCAAAUGAUUACUUUAUACGAUUUAGAUAGAAGAAGUGCGAAAUGGUGGACGAAACUUUUUAAUUUUGUUUCCCCCACAGGCUCCAAGCGCGCCCGCCUUUCCAACGAAACUGAUCAAGAUACCGGUUCCGAAUCCUCGCCCAGCAGCCCCCGCAUGAAGGGUCGCAACUACAAUGACUCUGGCAAUCAUUCACCUACACGCACUGGUCCACCCAGCUCACCCGAGUCCGAUUUGGAUGUCGACUCUGCGCCUGAUGAAGCAACUCCGGAAAAUCUUAGCUUGAAAAAAGAGGACUCCAAUUCGCCGCCAAACACGCCCGCUGACAACUUACAUUUGCUACGCACCUUCAACAAUGGCGCCGCGCAAGGUUUUAUCCCAUAUCAUCACUCGCAGUUCCUUGCCGCUGCCAUGCCUGCUGCAGCUGCCGCCGCGGCCGUGGGAGUACAUCCACACAAUCAGCAUUCACCACAUGCGCAACACCACCACCACCAUCAACAUCAUGCACAGCAUCAGCAGCAGCAACAGCAACAACAACAGCAGCAUGCACUGCCGCUAGCUAUGGCCCAGCAGCAAAUGCAGGCGGGACAGCCGCAACAACGCUCACCCGUCGACGUGCUGUUGCGCGUUUUUCCCAAUAGACGUCGCAGCGAUGUUGAGCAGCUGCUAGCGCGUUAUCGUGGCGACGUACUGCAGGCUAUGGAAGCAAUGCUCUCCGGCGAAGAUAUGACGCAGGCACUAGCCUCGGCGGCAGUUGCUGCAGCUGCCGCGUCGGCCGCAGCAUCGCCACCCAAUGUGCCGCCUUCACCGCCAUUUCCGCUCAAGUCAGCAUUCUCACCGCUGGUACCACCCGCCGCAGUGUUUGGUUCGCCGACGCACCGUUACCCGCCGUUCAUGCAGGCGCACGCGAAACGUUUCUUAGCCGGCCCCUACGCAGGUGCUGCUUACCUGCCAGGUGUGCUGCCGCCGGAUGUGGUCGAUCAAGCAGAGUCAAAUGGUGGCACUUCGAUGGAUCGCAAUAGCAAUGCCGGCGAUUCGCAAGAUUGAAAAAGUUGCUUGGCAGAGAGUCAUUUGAGCAUGUUCAGGCCGUAUGUGUAGCGCACAUAAAAAUCCACAAAAUUUAAAAGUGCAUAUUAAUUAAUUGUACAUA